AGUUACAACCAUAUCUGCUGUCGAGCCACAGAUUUUUGAAUGAGGAAACCUACAUUUCCAUUAACUCAGAGUUCUGGUUUUCUCUGUUACACCUGCUAACUGGAACAGGCAUCUGGGUGGAUGCAUGAACUCUUUUUUUAAGAUGCAAUGAGGAAUUCUCAUAGAAAACAAGCAAAGCAACGAAGGACCUGUCCCUCUUGGAGGAGCCCAGCCAUGGAGGAGACGCUCACCUGCAGUCGAAGCCCUUUCUCCCAGGUGUUUGGCCGUCAGGGUCAGCUCAUGCAAGCCACUGUGCAGUCCUUGAACAGCCUGAAUGACCAGAUUGCAAGCUUCAUGGUGACUGGACCCAAGUCGCUGGAGAAGGAGGAACAGACCUUCCCCCCUCCUGAAAAGGAAACAAUGCAGAAGUCCAUGACCGUGAUGAGGCACCUUCUCGUUGAUGCUCAGGCAAAAAUCCUGAAAAUGAUGGAUGACAACAAGCAGCUGGCCCAGCGCAUCGAUGGGGCCAUUCAGUCAGCCAGCCAGGAGGUGACCAACCUGAGGUCAGAACUGAGCGCCACCAGCCGCAGACUGGCCGAGCUGGGAGCAACAGACUCCUCUGCCAGCAUGCCUGAGACCCUGCAGCACAACCACAACGAUCCCUCCCCUCACCAGAGGCAGAAGCCACCAGCCACUGAUCUCUGCUACAAGACUGAAAUCAGUAGUCUCAUGGACUUCAAUUCUCCAGAUGCCUCACUGGACAAAGUUCUGUUGCGUGAGGAGGUGGCCCAGCUCCAGGAGGAGGUGCACCUGCUGCGGCAGAUGAAAGACAUGUUGAGUAAAGACCUGGAGGAGACCCAGGGAGGAUGCUCUGCUGACAUGCUCUCCGCCACAGAGCUCCGUGUGCAGCUGGCCCAGAAGGAGGAGGAACUGGAUCGAGCCAAGGAAGCUCUGCAAGCCAUGAAGUCUGACCGCAAGCGUCUCAAGGCGGAGAAAGCCGACCUGGUAAACCAGAUGCAGCAGCUUUAUGCCACACUGGAGAGCCGAGAGGAGCAGCUCCGUGACUUCAUACGCAACUACGAGCAGCACAGAAAAGAGAGCGAGGAUGCAGUGAAGGCUCUGGCCAAGGAAAAGGACCUCCUGGAGAGAGAGAAGUGGGACCUGCGACGUCAGACCAAGGAAGCCACAGAGCACACGGGGAUGCUGCGCUCACAGCUGGACCUCAAAGAGAACCGCAUCAAGGAGCUGGAGGCUGAACUGGCCAUGAUGAGUAACUCUGUCAAUCAGAGAAUGGAGUUCCGGGUGUUUGAGCGGCUUGUGGACAGGGACUACUCUCCUAGGGUCAUGGCGGCCAAACAGUCACUAGCCACCCUGACAAAGGACGUGCCCAAGCGUCACUCUCUGGCAAUGCCCACAGAGGCAGUCGUCAACGGCAACAACCAGGAGUGGGUGAUGCAGGCUGAUCUUCCUCUGACUGCUGCCAUCAGACAGAGUCAGCAGACCCUCUAUGUCCACACAGGGCAUCCCACUGACAGACAAGUGGCUGCUGUGCGGGUGAGCCCGUGCCACUCGCGUCAGCCCUCCAUCAUCUCCGACGCCUCUGCGGUGGAGGGAGAUCGGUCGUCUACACCCAGCGACAUCAACUCACCACGUCAUAGGACUCACUCCCUCUGCAAUUCCCUAGAAGAUCUGGAGGAGGCGAAGCGUAAGAAGAAGAAAGAGAAGAUGGGGUUGGGCUCACUGUCACGUGUCUUCGCUCGGGGAAAGCAACGCAAGUCUCUGGACCCCGGUUUGUUUGAUGGUACUUCAACACCUGAUUAUUACAUAGAGGAGGAUGCAGACUGGUAAAGCACACACGUCUGAGUGAACCACCUGAAGAGCCUUUAUGGCAACUGUCAGAGAACUGCAUUGUGUUGAAUGUGGGGGAGUAUGUGCACAGAUAAGUGUGUGCCCGUGUAGCUGUACCUGUAUGUAUGUGACAAAGUGUGCAUGUGUGUCACUCAUGGUCAGAAGCCAUGUCAGGAGCCGGAGGCACGUCUUGCUUCACAGAAGUGUAAACCUUAACGAGCAAAUUGCACCUGUAUGUAUGUAAAGUCCUGUAAAUAGUGUGAAGAGUGUAACACAGCAACAAUGUGGACAUGCUCGGUAUCUGCCCUCUGAAACCGCUGGGUAAUUGAAAUCGUCUAAUUGUUCUUUACAUUUUGACUUUUGUUUUCACCCAACUGGAAACUUGAAGGACUGCUGUACUUGUAAAUAACAACAGUGGUUGUGCACUUUGUGCGUGUAAAUGUCUCCAUGUCCUGAAUGCAUUUUGUUAUUUUUGACAUGUACUCCCCUCCCCUCACUACUUAAAUUCUUCCCUGUUUAUUGUCCUGCUUGGUCCGAUCCUCCCCUUCCACACUGCCAUGAUGAAAACGGUUUCCUGUAGGCAACAUGCAGACUCCUCAAAUCCACCUCCUUUUUGGUUGUUGGAUAUUACAUCCCUCAACUGCAAAAAAAAAAAAAAAUAAAUAAAAAAAAAUGUGCAGAGGUACUCAUUGAUGUUUACUCAAAGAGACUUCAAAGAAGCUGCUGAGCAUGGAAUCAACUUUGUAUGCAGAACAGUUUGUUCCACAACAUCAUGAAGCCAAACAGGAAAUGCAAGAAAUGUGUUUUCUAUCUGCUCAGAUAGAACGUGCAUACUUACCAUGUUACAUGCAUGCACAUAGUCCCAGUCCCCGAAUGCAUGUUGAACAAAACCCUCCUAAAGACGAAUGUCUUUCCCCAGGUAUGUUGUCAAUAAGGUGCUUUAAAAAGAGAGGUCAGUUACUGAUUUCAUGUUUUUUCAUAAUUUCCUCAGUUUCGAAUGAAGUUAUAAGAUUUGCAAACUUGACCCUCAGUUAUAUUCGCUUUGAUUAAUGUGAUGCUUAACAUCCCAGACUAAACACAGCUGAGUUUUAAUCUCCACCUGCAAGGCAAAAUAUUUAUGUAGAACUCCAUUUGAAAUAUUGAAGGUCAAAAAAGUUGCCAAGAAAAACCCAGCACUACGCUUUGAAUCUUUAAAUAAUUAUUCCACUUAUUCAUGAGGCACGGUGCAAUUUUCUUUUAGUGGGAUUUUAUAGUUGCUUGUUGAUAUCAUUAUAUUAAUACUUUAAAAAGCUGCUGGGAUUACAAUGGGAAAAAAAUCAUAAAGUAGAUAUUAAACUGAUGGUCAAGACUUUUCCAGUCCUCUGGAAUUAAGGUAAUUUUAACUGAUAAUCAGAAUCUCAAUUAAAAGGAGCAGACAUAGUAAGUGCCACUUCUGAAGGUUAAAAAUCAGGAUUUAAGCAUGCUAAUCAACCAAAUGCAUACCUUCUCCCAUGAUCCUGUGACCUCGCCUGAAAUUCUUAUGCAGAGUUCAAGUCACUGCUAAAAAAAAAAGCAAUUAACUUUGUGCUAAAGGUUAAUAGCAUUUCUUCAGGCAAAAGAAUGUCUACAGACACUGGAUUCUUUUCAUCCUUUCACUGGAUUGAGUCGGAGUCUGCACAACCCCCCCAGGAAAUCUUUUCUCUUCCUGACAUUAAACUAACACUGCGUAUUUAUCGGCCUCACCUUAAAACCUCGUAGAGUGCCAGAUUACAUUGGAGCUGUUUAUAAUGACAGUGUUUGUCAGGAGUAUUCAUGUGAGCAGUGAGGAGAUUAUCUUUUCACUUGUAACUCAGCCUACAUUCAGACUCACAUAUUUUUUUGGAUUUCGAUGUAAAUCACUGAAACACAAAUGUCAGUCAUCAUGUAUCCAACCGUAAGCAUAGGAACAAAAGCUCAACCAGUUCUUUUUUUUAAUGACAAUUGAUGAUAUGUAUGGAAAUAUAGGCACAUUCCCUUUUCAUUUAACCAACUUUUAUCUGCUAAUGGGGAAGCAACAUAUCAAAAGCAGCACAUCAUUUCACAUUUUGAGCCAGUCUUUGUUUUUUAUUUUUCACAGAUAUUUUAGUUUUUGUAAAUGAGAUAUCAUUACAGAAAUGAAAUUAAUAUUAUUAUUGUUAUUAUUAUUAAAGAGUUUUAUUUAAAGUCAAAGAUGUAGGCCUCAGUGGAGGACUUCUGUUAUGAAGCCCUGAGAUGUUUAGAAGUAAGUGGAUAGUAGCAACUUUUCAAGGCAUGGCAACAAAACAAUGCUCAAGAGAACUAAAUGAGAAAAAAAAGAUUAUUUUAAAAUAAAUAAAUCAUUUAAAAAGUC